AUGGAGCAAUUACAUACGGUGAUCGAAGCAGCUUCCAGUGACGGUCCGGAAGACCAACCCAAAGGAUCUGAAGUCUGCCACGAGGAUGUUGCACAUAUCGAUCCAGCCGAAAAUCAUGGUAUUAGAUUUGGCGACGAAGGAGGUCGGCUAAGAGAGCAAGUAUGCGCUUUACAGGAACAGUUGAGUUCGUUGAAAAAUGUCAUCCUAGAGUCCGGCGAUAAUCUCACCAAUCUUCACGAUGGGCAAACUGAUGCUUCAACCCGCACGAUCCAGCAACAAGUUUCCGACCGCCAGGUGUUGUCUGAGGUCACGACCCAGCGAGAUUCGUAUUAUCGUCGAGUAAAGAACCUUGAGGAGAGGGUAGGACGGUUGCUAUCAUCUGGUUCGAUUGGGGGACAUGAAAACCUUCGAGAUAUACUCGAUCAACCAAGCGUGGUUAUGGUUGAUCCAAACCUUUACUACGAGAUGCAUCGUGAGGGUGGAUACCUAUCGCAACUUGAGAAAGACGCUAUGAGAAUGCGCAGUGACCACGAAUCCACAGAAUCCGAAAUACUUGUCAAACUAGAUGCAGCGAAGGCAGAGAAAGUCAUGGUUGAAGCAGACCGUGAUGCACUUAUCGACGAAAACGAGGACCUGCGAGAAAACUUGAAGAAAGUUCUUCUUAGAUACGAGGCACUCAUCCAGCAACGAAAAUAUGUACGAAGAGACAUUAACAAACCGGAAGAACAGGUUGAUGCAUUAGAAAGUCAAAACGUUGUUACGGCUGAACCUGAUCGUCGGAACGAGGGAGGGGAAAGGAAACAGUUGGAAGAGCUACAUCAUGGCCAGCACCUCAAUACGACUCAUCCAAAACAAUCAAUGAGAGCCAGCGAGGUGUUUGAAGCGCAGCUUAGCCUCGUUCGGUCGGAGCGCGACGCUGCAGUCAAACAGAGCGAGGAGGCCCGUCGGAAUCUUGCCACCAGAACAGCAGAAAGAAACGGUGCCCACCAACGAAUCCGCAUCAUCGAAGCUUCUUUGAAAGAGAGCCAAGAGAGGGAAGUAAAAUUGCAGGCAGAAAAUCGUAAGAAACAGACCCUGGAACGAGCACAAUCAAAUCUGCUGGAUACAGAGAUCAGCGCUGAAGACGCUGAGCGCAAAGAAGUCGAAUUUUUACAAGAAGAAUUAGAGCAUGCAGUAGCAGCAGCAUCAAAAGCCCAACAUGAACGAGACGCCGCUCGUCUCGAACUCAAAGUCUUGGAAGCAGAAAACGCCAUUGCGCAUUCAGCUGCCGAAAGAGCAAACGACGUCGUUACUGAGCUCCAGACAUCGCUGGAAGCAGCCAACAAUGCAGCUUUGGCAGAGCGUGAGAAGUCGGAAGAGUGCAGGCGGACACAGAAUAGGCUGAGAAUUGAGAGAGAGACACUUCGAAUCGAAGUUAAGAAACUAGAAAAGGCGUUGAGCGAAGCCCAUCAAGUCUCAAUGGGCUUAGUACGACAUGGAAACAUUACAGUUGGGGAUUUAGUCCAUAUCCGGGAGGAAAAGGAUGCUGCAUUGGCCAGAAUUGGGAUGCUUCAAAUAGAGCUCGACAAAGCGCACGGCACAGCGAACAAACUUCAGAUGGCCCUGGAUGAUUCUCUGGCUAGGCAAUCAUUUAAUCCGACAGAUGACCUGGCAUUGGAAGAGCUGAACCGGGUUAUAGCCCAACGAGAUGAGGCCCUUGCCCAUGUCAAAGAAUUGGAACGUCUGCUCGAAGAGCUUGAAGAUGAUUAUCGAACGAAUCUUGACGAGUGGGAGCAACAGACCCAGAAAGAUGAGCAGGCAAUCAUCGAAUACAGAGACGGCAUGCUGGAAGAAAAACGACGAAGCACGCGCUUAUCGGAUCAGCUCAGUUCUGCAAACAGCAAACUACAAGAUGCAGAGACCAGAGCAGCAACCGCAGAGUCAAGAUCAACGUCCUUGGCGAUUCAAGUCCAACAAAUCGGACAGGACCUUGACAACUCCAAAGGGGGUAGAGAGGAACUCGAGGCUGCAAGUGAGCUCCUUCGUGCCGAAUGUCUUCGACUGGGUGGUAUCAUAAUAGCGGUCCGCAACGAGGUGGUUCGGCUCGGCGGUCAAAGAGUCGCUCCAGACGGACCAGUCCAGGGAGAAGAUGGCUGGCCAAAUGGACCUCCCAGUCCUUCCCCGCAACCCAGCGAUGUAUCUCGUUCCCCUACUAGUGCGCGGAAGCCAUCGCGACAACAUUCCAACACAGAGGAUCAUAAUCCCGUUCCGGAUCCAAAUCAGAAGGCAACAAGCAGCAAUCGACGACCACGCAGGAUAAGCAGUGUAUACGAGUCAUCCAGCAGCGAGUUAUCCAGUGUUGAAAACGAAGCGUUGAUCCACCAUGAACCGCACGUCCAAUGGCGUCCAAGGCAAAAAUCUGCCAGGCGAUCAGACUCCCAGCCACCCUUACGCACGAGUCCUACUACGUCAGCAAUAACUCAUCCUCGGUCUUCGAGGAACCCAGAUCCAUACUACGGCGCAUCGACAAGGACAAGGUUAAUAAAACGGAGAGCCGAUAGUGAUCACGAGAAUCCGGGACCAACGAAGAAAAAACGAGUGAAGUUGUGA